CUGCCAAGCAGCGCCCCGGCCACCAGACCAAACCCGCGCGCGUCUCCCCAAACCUCCCGGGCACCGGCAAGCGCGCUCGUCGCCCGAGAUGGCUGUUGCGGCGGCGGCCGCGGCGGCGGCCGUGGGCGCGUACGCGGCGGACCUCCCGGCGGUGCCGGAGUGGCUGAACAAGGGCGACAACGCGUGGCAGCUGACGGCGGCGACGUUCGUGGGCAUCCAGUCCAUGCCGGGCCUCGUCGUCCUCUACGGCAGCAUCGUGAAGAAGAAGUGGGCCGUCAACUCCGCCUUCAUGGCGCUCUACGCCUACGCCUCCUCCCUCCUCGUCUGGGUCCUCGUCGGCUUCCGCAUGGCCUUCGGCGAGCGGCUGCUGCCCUUCUGGGGCAAGGCCGGGGUGGCGCUCUCGCAGGGCUACCUCACGGGCCGCGCGAGGCUGUCGGCGACGGCGCACGGCGGCGAGAACGGCACGCCCGCCGCCGAGCCCUUCUACCCGGAGGCGACGCUGGUGCUGUUCCAGUUCGAGUUCGCCGCCAUCACGCUCAUCCUCCUCGCGGGGUCCGUGCUGGGGCGGAUGAACAUCAAGGCCUGGAUGGCCUUCACGCCGCUCUGGCUGCUGCUGUCGUACACGGUCGGCGCGUUUAGCCUCUGGGGCGGCGGCUUCCUCUACCACUGGGGCGUCAUCGACUACUCCGGCGGAUACGUCAUCCACCUCUCCUCCGGCAUCGCCGGCUUCACCGCCGCCUACUGGGUGGGCCCGAGGCUGAAGAGCGACCGCGAACGCUUCUCCCCGAACAACAUCUUGCUCAUGAUCGCCGGCGGCGGGCUGCUGUGGAUGGGGUGGGCCGGGUUCAACGGCGGCGCGCCGUACGCCGCCAACAUCACGGCGUCGAUAGCCGUACUCAACACCAACGUCAGCGCGGCGACGAGCCUGCUCACGUGGACGUGCCUCGACGUCAUCUUCUUCGGCAAGCCGUCCGUCAUCGGCGCCGUCCAGGGCAUGAUGACCGGCCUCGUCUGCAUCACCCCCGGCGCAGGGCUGGUGCAGACGUGGGCGGCCGUGAUCAUGGGCAUGUGCGCCGGCAGCGUGCCGUGGUUCAGCAUGAUGAUCCUGCACAAGAAGUCCACGCUGCUGAUGAAGGUCGACGACACGCUGGCCGUCUUCCACACCCACGCGGUAGCGGGGCUCCUGGGCGGCGUCCUCACGGGGCUCCUGGCCACGCCCGAGCUGAUGGCGAUGGAGUCCCCCGUGCCGGGGUCCAAGGGCGCCUUCUACGGCGGCGGCAUCGGGCAGGUCGGCAAGCAGCUGGCCGGCGCGGCCUUCGUCAUCGUGUGGAACCUCGUGGUCACCACGCUCAUCCUGCUCGGCAUCGGCCUCUUCAUCCCGCUCCGGAUGCCCGACGACCAGCUCAUGAUCGGCGACGACGCCGCGCACGGGGAGGAGGCCUACGCGCUGUGGGGCGACGGCGAGAAGUUCGACGCCACGCGCCACGACGUGUCCAGGGGAGGCGCCGGCGGGGAGAGGGAGAUGGGCACCGCCGAGCAGCGGCUCGCCGGCAUGGGCGCCAGGGGAGUCACCAUCCAGUUGUAGCAGGAUCGAUCGAUCAAGGGCGCGCGCGCGUGUCGUGCCUAGCCAGGCUGUACCGUUAAUUUUGGUGUUUACUGUAGUUUCGACUGUAGGAGGAGUAGUGAUGCUUUUAACUGCAGGAAGUGAGAGGCUUUUGUGUAGAUUGUUGAUGUAAUCUUGGCAUUUGCGACAUAUAUUGGUGGGGAAAUCUGCUAAUUUGCGUGCA